GUAGUUGAGUGGUUCAUUUGACGUCUUUCGAUAAGACCCAGUCAUUUAGAAAAGUCUAAACGAACUGCUGCCACUUGUUGGACCGAUCACUCUCACCAGUGAUAAUUACUCACUUAUUUAUUCAGGCUAUUUGAAAUUCCAGUGAACAACCAUGAGUGAGGCAGUUGCAGAUAUUGCACUGAUCGGUUUAGCUGUGAUGGGCCAGAAUCUCAUAUUGAAUAUGAAUGAUCAUGGAUUCGUCGUUUGCGCUUACAAUCGUACCACCACGAAGGUCAAGGAAUUUCUGGAUAAUGAAGCCAAGGGCACCAAGGUCGUUGGGGCUUAUAGUCUCGAGGAGAUGGUCAGCAAACUCAAGAAACCACGUAGAGUCAUGUUACUUGUUAAAGCGGGUCCUGCAGUGGAUGCCUUCAUCAAGAAUCUAGUUCCCCUGUUAUCCCCUGGGGACAUAAUAAUCGACGGUGGAAACUCAGAAUAUCAAGACACAAAAAGACGAUCAGAAGAGCUGGAGAAGAAUAAUAUUCUGUACGUGGGUUGUGGAGUCAGUGGAGGUGAGGAAGGUGCGAGAUACGGUCCCUCGUUGAUGCCUGGAGGCAACCCCAAGGCAUGGCCAUCGAUAAAACCAAUAUUCCAGGCAAUCUGUGCCAAGGCCGAUGGUGAACCUUGCUGCGACUGGGUAGGCGAGACUGGAGCUGGACAUUUUGUUAAAAUGGUGCACAAUGGUAUUGAAUAUGCCGACAUGCAGCUCGUCUCCGAGGCGUAUCAAUUAAUGAGAGAUGGCCUGGGGUUAAGCCAAGGGGAAAUGGCUAGUGUUUUUGACGAAUGGAACAGAGGGGAACUGUCGUCUUAUCUCAUUGAAAUAACUCGGGAUAUACUCAAUUAUAAAAAUGAUAAGGGAUAUUUAUUGGAGAGAAUACGAGAUACUGCUGGACAAAAGGGAACUGGAAAGUGGACAGUUAUUGCUGCGUUGGAAUAUGGAGUACCAGUCACUCUCAUUGGAGAGUCUGUCUUUGCCAGGUGUUUGUCUUCGUUAGCCAGUGAAAGGAAUGAAGCCUAUUCGAUAUUCAAUGAUGAAAAGAUCGAGGCCUUCCGCGGGGAUAAGACACAAUUCCUUCAGCAAUUGAAAAAUGCCAUUUACUUAGCGAAAAUUGUUUCAUACGCACAGGGCUUCAUGCUCCUCAGGGAUGCUGCUAAAGUCAAUAAUUGGAACUUGAAUUAUGGCGGGAUUGCACUCAUGUGGAGGGGUGGCUGUAUUAUUAGAAGUGUAUUUCUCGGGAACAUUAAACAAGCAUUCGAGAAGAAUCCGAAAUUAUCAAAUCUACUUUUCGACGAUUUCUUUGCCAAAGCUGUGAAGAGGUGUCGGUCGAGCCUACGAGUCGUGUUAUCAACGGCAGACACUCUUGGAAUUCCUACCCCAGUCCUCUCAGCUGCUCGUAAUUUCUACGACAGCAUUCGUCGCAAUCGUUUGCCAACGAAUCUCAUUCAGGCACAGAGAGAUUAUUUCGGUGCUCAUACUUAUGAACUUGUGGACGAUGUGGGACGAUUCGUCCACACCAAUUGGACUGGCAAGGGCGGCAAUACUUCGGCCUCAACUUAUGACGCUUGAGAAUUCAUUGUUAAUAAUAUGGGGUAACACUAGGGUUAAUGUUAAUGGAGUACAAAAUGAACAAAUUUACCUCGGUCGUCUAUUUAAGAGUAUUCUAUAUUUUUGUAUGUCAAUGAGUUGAGUUGACAGAAAUAAAAUUGUUGAAGAAUACUUUUUAAAAGAACAGGAAAGUAAACUGAAAUACUUGUGCAUGGGUUAA